AUGUCUUCACCCAGCGCUUCUCCACCUUCCUCUACAUCCUCUACUUUGACGGAAGAAAGGUCAACUUGCACGAUGGCGGACGUUGUGAAGGAUCUAGAUACGGAAGAACAUAUCAAUUACUUGUGGAAGAAAGACUUGAAGCUUAAGGAGUCGCAUUUCAAGAUUUUUCGAAAAGAAGAGAUUACUGGUUCAGCAUUUCUGGAUAUGACAGAAGAUAGAUUCCGUAGUAUUGGUUUGGCAUUGGGACCAGCGAUGGCACUCGCAAAAUUUAUCGAGAGUCUAGAUCAAAAACUACGAAGUUUCUCGUCAUACAAGACUCUGGAAAAACUGAAGGACGUGCUCCGCAAAUAUAAAGUCAAUGGUGAAGAUAUUACGAGCAUCAAGCAAUUCAAUCCGGUUUUCGAGGAAAUCGAUGACAACGACAAAUCCGUUGAACAAUGCAUGAAUGAAAUUCUACUACGGUUAACGAAUGUAAAAUCAAUGAUAGAGGCUAAUGAGGCGACCCGAUGUGAAUUUACUUCAUCAAUAUUACAUGCAUCAAUCGCUAUCGCACGGAGGCUAACAGAUAAAGAAAUCAAUAUAGAAUUGCAGAGGGAUAUUUCGGCGUUUGGUAGAGUUAAUUACGUCAUAACAGGGAUGGAGGAUCUUUUGUGUAUAACUGAGGGUAAACCACGAAAUGUUAUGUCCAAAAUAUAA